AUGAGUGGACGCGCCCGUCCGAGAGCGCGAGGUGCUGCCCACAGCCCCGAGGCCCAGGCCUUCCCCUUGGUGCACAGGCUGCCCACACCAGCUGAUCUCAGCGGCAGCGAAGCAUCCUCCAGCAGCAGCGUGGAGGGAGCAGGCAGGACCUCGCAGCGUGGUAACGAGGGUGUGCCUUCUGGUGAUGUUGGAAGCACCUUUGUAGAAAAAGGUGUGAAAAUAAGCCGGGACUGUAUGGACUUGGGUGUCUGUACCAGGGAGAAGCUGGCGCAUGUGAGAGACUGCAAAACAGGUUCCAGUGGGAUACCUGUGAAGCUGGUUACAAAUCUCUUUCAUUUAGAUCUGCUCCAGGACUGGCAGCUGUAUCAGUACCAUGUGACGUAUGUUCCCGAUUUAGCAUCUAGAAGGCUGAGAGUUGCUUUGCUUUAUAAUCAUAGCAAGUUUGUUAACCAUGCAAAAGCGUUUGAUGGUGCCAUUCUUUUUCUUACACAAAAGCUAGAAGAAAAGGUCACAGAAUUGUCAACUGAAACUCAAAGGGGUGAGACUGUGAAGAUGACUGUUACUCUAACCAGAGAGCUGCCAUCAAGUUCCCCCGUGUGCAUCCAGGUUUUCAGUAUCAUCUUCAAAAAGAUCUUAAAAAUGUUGUCCAUGUACCAAAUUGGACGGAACUUCUAUAAGCCUUCAGAACCAGUGGAAAUUCCCCAGCACAAAUUAUCCCUUUGGCCUGGAUUUGCUGUUUCUGUAUCACACUUUGAAAGCGGGCUUCUCGUUGGUGCUGACGUGAGUUACAAAGUCCUCCGGAAUGAGACUGUGCUGGAAUUCAUGACUGGUCUCUGCUACAGCACUGACAGGUCCCGCUUCACCCAGACCUGUGAGCACCAGCUGAUAGGACUCACUGUUCUUACAAGGUACAAUAACAAAACCUAUCGCAUUGAUGACAUUGACUGGUCUGUGGGACCAACGCACACCUUUCAGAGGCGGGACGGUUCUGAGGUCACUUACGUAGAUUAUUACAGACAGCAAUACGGUAUUACUUUAUCUGACCUAAAUCAGCCCAUGCUUGUUAGUCUAUUGAAAAGCAAAAGAAAUGACAACACUGAGCCUAAGAUUGUGCACCUGGUACCAGAACUCUGCUUCUUAACAGGCCUGGCCGGUCAGGCAGCCUCUGACUUCCACCUGAUGAAGGCUGUGGCUGAAGAAACGCGUCUGGGUCCUCUGGACCGGCAGCAGCGCCUGGCCAGACUCGUGGACGACAUGCAGAGAAACAAGGGUGCUCGUUUUGAGCUGGAGACCUGGGGACUGUUCCUUGGAAGCCAAGCGUCUCUCACAGGCCGGGUUAUGCCUGCAGAAAAGAUACUAAUGCAAGGGCAUGUGUGUCAACCGAUGUCUGCCGCUAACUGGACCAAGGAUAUGCGAACUUUCAAGAUUUUAAAUGUGCAAUCUUUGAAUAAAUGGUUGGUUAUAUGUAGUAACAGAGCUGAAAAAGUGACUGAGGACUUUCUGAGCUGCUUGAGAAGAGUUGGAAGUUCCAUGGGAUUUAAUGUGGAAUACCCAAAAAUCAUAGAAGUACAAGAAAAUACAGCUGCAUUCCUUAGAGCAAUCCAGCAACAUGUUGAUCUUGAUGUUCAGUUGGUGAUGUGCAUUCUACCUUCUAAUCAGAAAAACUAUUAUGAUUCCAUUAAAAAGUACUUGAGUUCAGACUGCCCAGUCCCAAGCCAGUGUGUGCUUACUCGGACCCUGAGGAAGCAGGGGAUGCUGAUGAGUGUUGCCAGCAAGGUCACGAUGCAGAUGUCCUGUAAGCUCGGAGGCGAGCUGUGGGCCGUGGAGAUACCUCUAAAGUCCCUGAUGGUGGUCGGUAUUGAUAUCUGUAAAGACACACUCAACAAGCAAGUGGUGGUGGUUGGAUUUGUAGCCAGUGUUAACCCCAGAGUCACCAGGUGGUUUUCCCGCUGCAGACUUCAGAGAACAGCAACUGACAUCUCAGACUGCUUAACAGUUUUCAUGACUGGAGCACUCAAAGAGUGGUAUAAGCACAACCACGAUUUGCCAGCGCGGAUUAUUGUGUAUCGUGAUGGAGUAGGGGAUGGUCAACUAAAAACAGUUAUUGACUAUGAAGUCCCACAGCUGCUUAGCAGUGUGGCCAAAUCCGGCUCAAAGACCAGCUCCAGAUUGUCAGUGAUUGUGGUCAGGAAAAAGCGUAUGCUCCGAUUCUUCGCGGAAGCGAACCGUACUGUACAGAAUGCCCCGCUUGGCACCGUCGUGGACUCAGAAGCAACACGUCCUGCAUGGUACGACUUUUACUUGAUCACCCAGGCUGCCUGUCGGGGAACUGUUAGUCCCACCCACUAUAACGUCAUCUAUGAUGACAAUGGGCUGAAGCCUGACCACAUGCAGCGACUGACAUUCAAACUGUGCCAUCUGUACUACAACUGGCAGGGCUUAAUCAGUGUCCCAGCACCAUGUCAGUAUGCACACAAGCUGACUUACCUGGUAGCACAGAGCAUUCACAAGGAGCCAAAUUUGGAAUUAGCCGAUUGCCUCUUCUACCUGUGAUGACUUGGGUCGUCGGCAUCAGGAGGAGGAGAAGCCUAGUAGUUGCUACAGACUGUACAAAUCUGCCAGAAGAUUGAGGCUGAGACUGGGAAAGGAGAUUGAGUUUAGGGUUAAUUUCAAGGAAAAUAAAUAUAAAUACAAGCCUGAAUGUAUCUUUAAUCUGAGAUAGCUCAAAGGUAUGUUAUUUUAUCUUUUAAAAAGUUACA